CGUCAACGACCCAGUUAUGCUGGAGCUUGGCCGGCUCCAGCAUAAUGAGCGCUGGGGCGAGCCGGCUCCAGCUGCCGGCGACGUGGAGCUCCUCCACAAGCAGCUCCGGUACCAGGCGUACCGGCAGUACGCUUUGUGGUGGUGGGGCACGCUGGGCCGGUCCCAGCGCCGGGUGAUUCCCGCCUGCGUGGUCUGCGCCGUUCGGCGCGCCCACCCCAGCCCGCAGGGCUUCUACGUGGGGUUCAAUGCCAUCCCGAUGUAAGUCUAGUCCAUAGUCCAUUGUGGCUGUGAAUUGUGAUUUUGUAAUCCAGAGGAAACGUUUCGUGUCGUGUUAGGCCGACUACUUUACGAGUUAUCUCAGGAGCUCUCAUCAUUCCAUAUCAAUGUGAUACCGACUAUCUUACGAGUUGUCUCACCAGUCAGCACAGUUGGUUACUAUGCGACGACCACGCGUCGGAUACAAGCUGCGUUACUCAUGUCGCUGCAAACAUUGUGCCUGUGAAUUGUGAUUUUGUAAUCCAGAGGAAACGUUAGUACAUAUUUCAUGUCGUGUUAGGCCGACUGCUUUACGAGUUAUCUCAGGAGCUCUCAUCCAUAUCAAUGUGAUACCGACUAUCUUACGAGUUGUCUCACCAGUCAGCACAGUUGGUUACUAUGCGGCGACCACGC